AUAUUGUAUCUGCACACAGGUCGAAUCUUGGACAUUCCCUGUAAAGUGUGUGGGGACCGCAGCUCAGGAAAACACUAUGGAGUUUAUGCAUGUGAUGGCUGUUCUGGUUUCUUUAAGAGAAGCAUUCGAAGGAAUAGGACUUACGUGUGCAAAUCUGGAAAUCAGGGUGGCUGUCCGGUGGACAAGACACACAGAAAUCAAUGCAGGGCAUGCCGUCUGAAGAAAUGUUUAGAAGUCAACAUGAAUAAAGAUGCUGUUCAACAUGAACGGGGACCAAGAACAUCCACCAUAAGGAAGCAAGUGGCUCUAUAUUUCAGAGGACAUAAAGAUGUCAAUGGAACCACGCCUCACUUUCCUUCAGCAGCCUUACCAACACCUACCUUUUUCACCACUGUUAGCCAGUUGGAGCCACAUAACCUAGAGCUGGCAGCAGUAUCCACCACUCCCGAGAGACAGACGUUGAUUGGCCUGGCACAGCCAACCCCAAAGUACCCACAUGAAGUGAAUGGAGCUCCUUUGUAUCUUUAUGAAGUGGCCACUGAAUCUGUCUGUGAAUCUGCAGCCCGGCUCCUAUUCAUGAGCAUUAAAUGGGCAAAGAGUGUGCCAGCCUUUUCUACACUGUCUCUACAAGAUCAAGUGAGUUUAGAGUCAUAA